AAAAAGCCAUGGGUUUAAAGUGUAAUGUAAAUCGCUUUGGAUAAAAGUGUCUGCUAAUUGACCUGUAAUGUAAUGUAAUGUAAGAUACAAUCAGACCAAACAAACAAUCCUUCCUGACUUUUAAACUAAUAAUACAUCUGAGGGAGUUGUCAUGUCUGUAACAAUUAUGAAUUUGACAAUACUGGUUAGUAGAAGGGAGGCGUCUUUAAUUAUUCAGAUUGUUAAUUUGAAAAUGUAUGAUUAAGUACAAUAUGGGCUGGAUGAUAAGCAUUUAAAAGUCGAUAUAAUGAAUUCACCGUCACCAGCAACGGCAUAGUGGACCGCCACAGCCUCCGUAGUUCAUGGGACACACUGAUGGUAACUGAUCUCAGAUCAGACUAGUCAACAAUACGCGAUCCAGCCGUUUGAGUUCAUGUUAAACAGGUACAAGAUAUUGGUACAGAAGCACGUUACUAUAAAACACCAUCACACACACAGACUUUCAGCUUCAGAUCGAACAAAGCGAACCCUGUUCAAUGUCUCAUUUAUUUAACUGCGGUUGGCUCCAUCGAAACUGCUGUUGCUUCUUUGUUUACAUGCAGCGGCUUCCUCGGCGGAGGCGGGCCACUGACGUCACGAAACUGUUCUUCUUCUAGUGUUAUUCUGGUAUUCACGUGUAGCUGAUUUGAGCAUUUCUGCCGCCUUCUGUUUGGGAGUUUAAAUCAGCCAACACUAAAUCCUUAAAAAAGAUAACUACACGAAAUCGUUGAAAAUACACUUGUUUGUUGUGUAAUAAUUAUUCAGAUAAAUAUGCAGCGUUUGCUGUUGUACGUCAUUUAAGACAGAUUCUCAUUAUCUGUUCAUCUUACACUGUUUUAACAUUAUAUACUGUAAACGUUCUUAGAGAACAGCCAGCUAUACAUGUCUUUAGCUGUAAAUACUAACAAUAUAGUAUAUGUAGCAGCCGUCUGCCACUUCCUGUGUGUGAGUGUUGGUACUUUUAUUUUGAAAUGUAAUUAGCAUCAGAAUCACGUGGGCAGGUGUGCAGUGGUUUAUGAAUGAGCGUAGGCAUCUAGGCGGAGGGAUGGUUGUAUUGACAUGGGGGUGAGUCGGGAGACGAUACUUUUUGUUGACCGUAUUCUACAGCGCACUUUAUUGCAUCGUCGCACAGCAUGUAUCACUUCGCCUGCUUGGAUGUUUUUUAACUUGACUUUCGGACAAUAAAAUCAAUGAACUUCACAGGAGGAAUCUGCGUCUGUUUGGAACGAGUCCACACACCAAUCUCCCGUACUUAGCCUCACGUGACUCUACCGGAUUGUAGUCACCACAGUAUAUGUUACACUAUACCCUGUAUAUUUAUUAUGCUAAUACUAUAUUGUAUAUUACAUUAUAUUCUGUAUACAUAGUAUGUACUUACUGAGAGAAUAGUAAACUAUAAACGUUGUUAGCCAUAAAUACUGUACUUUAGUACAAGUGUCAUGUCAUUGCUACUGAUACAUCUGAAUGCAUUCACACAGAUUAGUAACAAAAGUAUGCUCGGGAGAAAGUGGAGGUGGUUUCCACACAUCAAUAUAUCUGCACCAAAUGAAAAAAUGUACCUAAAAGCAUGAAGCAUAUACUAUUAGUGUCACAAAAAUAGGGGAGACAUAAAGUAACAUCAAGUCUUCAAGAAACGUGGCACGUGGAUGUGCUUCGAGUGCCCCUUGCGUGCAACAUCACACUAGACAACGCAUCCUCGUGUACUGUUGACACCGGAAAAUACGUAAUUAUGUCUUCAGAAUAAAUGUGAUCAUUUGUCAAUAGGGUUUUGAAUUAUUAGAAAAGUAAUAAUACAAAUGAGUUAAACUUUCAAGUGCAUGAUGCAUGCGUGACUUCUGUUCAGUUACAACAUGGUUUAAUUCACAUUUUCUGAUAGAUUGACUCCACCACAUUGCUGGUGUAUUCGCAUUUGUUGUGUAUGUUUUUUUUAAAGGCAAAGAUGACUAAUUGUGCAUUCUUUAACGCUAGAGGUUUAGUAAUUAUGAGAACCUUUAGACAGAACUUUUUCGUUAGCUUUGUUUAUAUAUGUUUAAAAAAAAAAAGAGUUCCUGGUCCGAUCACUUUUAUUUUGAAGGAUUCAAGCCGGAAACUGUCAUGUUAUUGCCGCUGGCGGAACACGCGCGAGGGAAAAUCAGUUAAAAAGCGUCAAAGUAGAUCAACUUAAAUGAACUAAGACAGUCGUUUUGUUAUGUGUUAAGUGUUUCUUUUGUGGCAUAUGCACAGGAGCAACCAACGGCGGUCACACUAGCAACUAAACUAAGUAACAACUAACGUUAGGUUAGCGCGUAAGAGCAUAUUGUAUUGCUAUGUGUGCUAGUUUAGGAUAGCUAACGUCACUAGCGAUUGUUAAAGCACGCCGACGUUAAGCUAACUUAGGUCUAAAUUGUACUUUAAAAUAAACCAUUUAAUUUGUGUUUUUUUUCCCCCUAGACACUUUACAAGAAAAGUGGGGACAUUUGUCACAUUGUCGUUAGCUUCCGUCGGGAAUGUCGCCUCCUAUGUAUGUGUCGUGUUACGGUCGCAGGAGUCAUGAAGGGUCCACGCGCAUCUCGGACAGCGAGUCGGAGGAAGAGACCAAGCUCCCCCUCAAUCAGUUCUACCCGUAUAUCCGCUGCGCCCUUUGCUGCGGCUUCUUCAUCGAUGCUGCCACCAUCACGGAGUGCCUGCACACAUUUUGCAAAAGUUGCAUCGUGAAGCAUUUUUUCCACAGCAACAGGUGUCCUACGUGCAGCAUCGUUGUCCACCAGACGCAGCCGCUGUACAACAUCAGACCCGACAGACAGCUGCAGGACAUUGUUUACAAAAUGGUUCCCUUCCUUGAGGCAUCUGAAAGAGUACAAAUGUGUAACUUCUACAAAGAGAGAGGGCUGGCAGUGCCAAAAACAGUGGUCGUCUCCCCUCCGGGUCCCGUGGUGAUAAAGAGGCAGAAGAAAGAAAACCUUCCCCAGUCUGUGUUCACCAUUCCUCCUGAGCUGGACGUAUCUCUGCUGCUGGAGUUUGUCGGGGCUGAAGAGGGCAUCAAUAACUUUAAGCCGUUAGAGAGGCGGUACGUUCGCGUGUCUGGCGAGGCCACCGUCCGCCACGUGGAGCUGUUCAUCAGGAGGAAGAUGGAGCUGAGCGCCACCUGCCAGGUUGAUGUGGUUUGUGGAGACCAACUCCUGGAUCACUACCAGUCACUCAAAGACGUGCAGAACUCUGUGGGCGAAGAGGCGCUGCAGGACGGUCUGUUGGUGCUGCACUUCGGCCUGGUCCUUCCCUCCAAGUCCUAAAAACGAGGGGGUUCUUUUCUCUUGAUCAGACCGUUAACCCAACGUGGAGAAAAGUUUCUACAUUGGCAUUGUAGGUCCUCCACAGCGGCCCGAGAUGCCUCGUUAGGAUCGUCGCCAGCGAGACAUUUUUCAACCUCCACUCCUCUGCUGGCGCCGUGGCGUCAAAUGUUCCACUCGAGACUCGUCGCCUGGUGUUCGGGUGGAGCCGUGUCGGAAGUGUGCUUCCACGGACUGCUGCCACAGCUGAAGGUGUCCCGUGCUUCCUACUUUGGGUCUGUGAAGGGGACACGAGGUCUAAUCUGAGAAGAUGCAAGCGUUUACGUCUCUAUUUAUGAUCUGAGGGCUGAGUCGGGUUACGGUAGUUAGUUGUGAUUCUUAAGGGCUUAAAAAUACAACUACCAAAGGUGUGUGUGUUUGCUGGUCAGGGUGUGGGUUGUAGGGUUAGGGUGUUUUUAAUUAAAACUUGCUUGUUGUACACUUACUUAUUUAAUUUAAGAACUUUUGUACAGGCUGUCUUUCACCGGAUGGCAGAAGUAGUGUAUUUUUUUAUACGGUUCCUUGAAAAUGUUUCACCUACUUGAUUUUGUCAGAAUUAAUUAAUAAAUCCUAAAACCCUUUUGUGAUUCAUCCAUA